CCAGAGCCGGAGCUGCCCAGAAGCCGCGGGACCGGGGCCACUGGGGGCCGCACGGGGGUCCCCAUGAUCCGCUUCAUCCUCAUCCAGAACCAGGCAGGCAAGACACGCCUGGCCAAGUGGUACAUGCAGUUUGAUGAUGAUGAGAAACAGAAGCUGAUCGAGGAGGUGCACGCCGUGGUCACUGUCUGCGAUGCCAAACACACCAACUUUGUGGAGUUCCGGAACUUCAAGAUCAUUUACCUACGCUACGCCGGCCUCUACUUCUGCAUCUGCGUGGACAUCAAUGACAACAACCUGGCCUACCUGGAGGCCAUCCACAACUUUGUGGAGGUUUUAAACGAAUAUUUCCACAAUGUCUGUGAACUGGACCUGGUGUUCAAUUUCUACAAGGUUUACACGGUCGUGGAUGAGAUGUUCCUGGCCGGCGAGAUCCGAGAGACCAGCCAGACGAAGGUGCUCAAACAGCUGCUGAUGCUGCAGUCCCUGGAGUGAGGGCGGGCCGGUCCCUCCUGCCCUGGUCCC